UGAAGAGCACACUGGAAUGGUCUUUCAUUAUCAGUCUUUUAUUUUUAUCAUGAACAAAAUAUGCAUUCACCUGUGUCUUCUUUCUGUGAUCAAUACUGUGGUGACAACGUCUCUGUACGUAAAAGGCCAUGUUGGAGAAAAUGUCACAUUCACGUGUUCAAACUGGGCUAUUGCAUUUGAUGAAAAGUCUUACGUGAAGUACUUCUGUAAAGCGCCGUGUACACAAGAGAAACACGUCCUCCUCAGAGUGAAACCUGGGACAACUGCAUCUAAAAGCAGAUUAAUGCUAAAGAACAGUGAAGAAGGUUUGUCUGUGACAAUCACUGACCUCCAGAGGUCAGACUCCAUGGAUUACUAUUGUGGACUGGACAGAAAUGGCCUUGAUUCAUACAUCAAGGUGAUUCUGGACAUUACAGAUGAUGGAUCUGUGAUAACUACCACUGAAGAAGUGACAGAGGUCACAUUUACUGAAGAUGCAAAUUCUACAACAGUAUCUACUACAUCUGUGAAACAAAGACCUGAACAUGCACUGUACUGGUUGACGGGUUUGAUCAUUUUGGUGACAUUACUGAUCGUCCUACUGAUCUUUGCCAAGAAGACUGUGCUGAAAAACCAGACAACUGUAUCCAGAUAUGAGGGUCAACAGGAACAUUCAGUACAGGAUGUUGAAUAUGAUAAAAUCAGAAGUGAAGACCAGCAACCUCAGAGCCCAGCUGUAGUUGAUUCUACAGUCCAACUCUCUGCAAGCAACACAGGCGUGAACCUGAAUGAUCUCUAUGCUAACACGUCUCUGUACCAGUACACAGAAGUAUCAUUUGUUCAGAAUAGUCUGCUUUCAGAAAAUGGGUUUGCACAUUCCAUCAUAAACCCAAAGGUCACAGCUAAUCCAGUCAGGGAAUUUACAGAAAGCAGAGUUACAGCUUCACAGGAUAACACAACAUAUUCUGUUGUUCAACACAACCAGAACAAAUCUGAACCAUCUCAACACCAAAACAGUGAUUGUCUCUAUUCCAUGGCAAAUCUACCGCAAGCUACCUGA